AUGGGUGAAGUAGUCGUUGAGAACUUCAUAAACGGGGAAUUCGUACCAACAAGUUCUUACAUUCCAAGUUUUGAUCCGUCAACUGGAAAAGUAUGGGCGAAAAUUCCCGACAGCAAUGAGGACGAUGUAAACGUGGCGGUGACAGCAGCGCAGGCUGCCUUCAAAACAUGGUCUGUGAAACCUGUCCAGGAAAGGUCAAAGGUUAUGAUGAAGAUCUCGGACCUUCUGGAAUCCCGUCUGGUCGAGUUUGCAGAACUUGAAUCACAUGACCAGGGAAAGCCUGUUUGGUUGGCUAAGGCAGUAGACAUUCCAAGGGCAGUGUACAACUUUCGCAUCUUUGCAUCAUCCAUCUUACAUGAUACAAACAGAUCUUCUGUGAUGGAUGCAGUAGACGCUGUUAACUACACAGUAAGAGACCCUGUAGGUGUGGCUGGUCUAAUCAGUCCAUGGAACUUGCCGUUGUACUUGCUGAGUUUCAAAAUUGCCCCAGCGAUUGCUGCCGGAAACACAGUUGUGGCCAAGCCUAGCGAGAUGACAUCGGUAACAGCCUGGAAACUCUGCCAGGUAUUUAAUGAGGCAGGUGUACCCCCAGGUGUAAUUAAUCUGGUGUUUGGUGUGGGGCCCAAAGCAGGAGAGGCACUUGUUGUUCACCCGGACGUACCCCUGAUCUCAUUUACUGGAGGAACAGUGACUGCCAAAAGACUGAGGGCUUCUUCUGCUCCUUUCUGCAAGAAACUCUCUCUCGAGCUCGGAGGUAAAAAUCCUGCAGUCAUAUUUGCUGAUGCUGAUAUGGAGAAGUGCAUCGCCACAACUAUCAGAUCAAGUUUUGUGAACCAGGGAGAGAUUUGUUUGUGUACAAGUCGUAUUUUUGUGGAGAGAUCUGCCUAUCAAACAUUCCUGAAGAAAUUUGUUGAAGAAACCAAGAAGUUGAAGGUAGGAAACCCAAAAGAGGACAGUAGCUUCAUGGGUGCUUUGAUAAGUAGGGAACAUCUGGUGAAGGUGAAAGGUUAUGUGAAGAUUGGUGUAGAAGAAGGAGCCACCAUUAUGUGUGGUGAAGGAGUAGAGUCACUAGACCUGCCUGCUGAAAAUAAGGAAGGAUAUUUCAUGAGACCAACUGUUAUAACAGACCUGAAGGAAAAUUCGCGUCUACUGAAGGAAGAAAUCUUUGGUCCUGUCACAUGUGUGGUGCCUUUUGAUACAGAGGAGGAGGCCAUUGUAAAAGCCAAUGAUGUACAGUAUGGACUUGCAGCCACACUCUGGACCCAGGAUGUUUCUCGUCUUCACAGAGUCUCCAGGAAAAUACAGGCUGGCACGGUUUGGGCCAACUGCUGGCUUGUACGAGACCUCAAUAUGCCGUUUGGAGGGAUGAAGGAUUCAGGGAUAGGACGAGAAGGUUGUGUGGAAUCCAUGGAUUUCUACACUGAGCAGAAAACAAUUUGUAUUAAGUUGUAACACAUUGGAAUUUGUUGUUGAAGCAGUUCUUCACAUUAUUAAAAUAGUGCUAGGGUUAAAACAGUCAACAUAUUAAGGCUUAUGAUGUGUGUUUCAUGCCUCAUUAUUCAAACGUAAGACGUUUGUUAUAUCAGAAUAUACAUGUUAGGAUUGAAAAGUCUGUUGUUAUUGUGUAAUAAUGUUUUUAUUUACUUUUUUUAUAAAAAUGUUUGACAUAAAAUCGUGUACACUUAGGCCAAAAUGAUAAAUGUAAGACAUUUAUAACAUGGUAGCAGUAUUAUAUUGUAAAUAAACCAAAUCAAAUGUAAUAUUUUUAUAUAUCACAUGAUUUCUUUGUUUUUUCUAUGAAUAUGCCAAUAUCCAAUUUUUACAUAUUACAGGUUGUCAACUGAUUUCUAUGUUCCUAUAUUUUCCUCUAUUUCAGGAAAUUUGUCACCGAUAAAUGUAGAGAUUGUAAAUAUUUCUUUGAUAUGGCUUUUGGCUUCUUUAUUCUACAGGUUAGAGAAUUCUUCAGUCUUUAUGAUAUGUGGUUUAUGAAACUCCUCACAAAUUUUCCAAUUAACUCCCUAAAAGCUCGCUGCAAUGAAAAAUUUUUUUUUUAUUUGUUUCAUGAAUUCACUUAUCAAAUGGAAAGUCAUGUAAGAUUCUGUACAUUAGAAUGUAAUUAUAUUAUAUGUUGUGAUAUCAGGUUUACAAAUGCAAUAAAAUGACAUAUCACACUCCCAGAUUGCAUAGAGACCUCGGUCAUACGGUGAACAGACGUUAUACAGACCUCGGUCAUACGGUGGACAGACGUUAUACAGACCUCGGUCAUACGGUGGACAGACGUUAUACAGACCUCGGUCACGUUGGACAGACAUUAUACAGACCUCGGUCAUACGGUGGACAGACGUUAUACAGACCUCGCUCAUACGGUGGACAGACGUUAUUGAGACCUUGGUCACGUUGGACAGACGUUAUACAGACCUCGGUCAUACGGUGGACAGACGUUAUACAGACCUCGGUCAUACGGUGGACAGACGUUAUACAGACCUCGGCCAUACGGUGGACAGACGUUAUAGAGAGCUCGGUCAUACGGUGGACAGACGUUAUACAGACCUCGGUCAUACGGUGGACAGACGUUAUACAGACCUCGGCCAUACGGUGGACAGACGUUAUAG